AUGUCACCAGAGCAGCCUCCCCUGGCCCAGACCAGAUCCGAUGCGGAUGCGGAUGCGGAUGCGGAUGCGGAUGCGGAUGCGGAUUCUCAAAACGCAACAGGCAAUGCUCAGCACCUCGACCGUGCCACCGCAGCCGAGUGCCAUCUUGCGCGAGAUGAGACGUCAUCGGAAGACCAUAAGCCUGACCCUGGCCGUGAGCAGAACCAAACCAUUCUGACUCAAAGCCACCAUGACCACGAGUCCGCAAGGAUCCGUGAUCGGGAGCUCAGGCCGGAGCAUAUACGCCAUAUCGUGCGCUUAUUCCAAUGCCCGCAUUGUUCGAAACCCUUCAAGCACCCCGUCACCCUUCCAUGUGGCAAGACCAUGUGCAAGGCCUGCGUCCCUGAAACGCAUCUCCGCCCCAGCAUCACCUACCCCGCUGUGCCCGACCGACUGCAAGGCUUUCGUUGUCCGUUUGAGGAGUGCUCGAAAGUCCACGCGCUGAGUGACUGUGGGCUUAAUGUUGUCUUGAACAAAGCCGGCGAGCUCAUCGAGGCGGAAAUCAGCCGCGCCAAAGUUGCAGCUCUGGAACUGGGCUUGAACACGACGAUAGCCUUCAAAUAUCCCUGGAACGCACACGCUGACGAUUUUACAACAAAAACUUCCCCGGGUGGACGAUUGGUGUCCACGUGGACUCUUGCAGCCAGCGGAGAACUGGCAAUCCAGUCGGACGCGACGUACCUCGACACGUCGUCCACGGCGAUGCAAACCAACCUGCCCGACUCCGAUGCAAAGUCCCUGCGCUUCAUUCAGUCCACCAUACGCAACGAGAUGGACUGUCAGGUGUGCUACGCCCUGUUUCACGACGCCUUCACCACAGGUUGCGGCCAUACCUUUUGUCGCUCAUGCCUGCAUCGCACCCUGGAUCACUCACAUCGAUGUCCCAUGUGCCGCAGGACCCUGGCCAUCAACCCGUUGAUGAAUCCAGAAUCAUGUCCCUCAAGUGACGCCAUCACCAGGCUCGUGGCAUUGUUCUGGCCGGAUGAAAAGCUGGCUCGGGAGGAAGCCGUCGCCUCGGAAACGGCUGCGCGCCACGAGGACAUGGAUCUGCCCUUGUUUGUCUGCACCCUCGCCUUCCCUGCUAUGCCAACUUUUCUUCAUGUUUUCGAACCACGAUAUCGCUUAAUGAUACGCCGCGCAUUGGAAGGAAAUAGAACUUUUGGCAUGGUCCUGCCAAAGCGGCCCCGCGAUGCCGAUGACUGGCACUUUCACCGCCUCGGCACGUUGCUGCGUAUAAUCAACGCCCAAUUCUAUCCCGACGGGCGCAGUCUGAUUGAAACCGUCGGCCUCACCAGGUUUCGAGUCCUUCGGCAUGGCGAGCUGGAUGGGUACGCAGUCGCCAAAACGGAACGGAUCGACGACGUUUCUCUGGAAGAGGAAGAAGCAAUGGAGGCUGCCGAGGUUGCCGCCGCCAUUGCUGCAGGGCGUGCGCCAGACAUUAGCGUCGGCAGUGUCGGUGGCUCAGACGACUCUGCCAGCGGGCAAGGCUCUCGCAGUGCCGAUCCUGGAGCGGACGAUGCCUCGGCCACUGCAAGACCAGCGGCUGCAUCGGCUUCAGACCUCCAAGCCAUGUCGACGCAGAAUCUCAUGAAGCUGGCCACGGAUUUUGUAGGCCGGAUGCGGUCGCAGAGCGUUCCUUGGCUAACCGCACGAAUGCUGAGCAUAUACGGAGAGUGCCCCAACGACCCAGCCAUCUUCCCCUGGUGGUUCGCCAGCAUGCUGCCGGUGAAGGACCUGGAAAAGUACAGACUACUGUCAACGUCCAGUGUCCGUGAGCGACUGAAGAUUUGCUGCAUGUGGAUAUCCGAGUGGGAGACGACAAGAUGGUGA